AUGGAUGGUACCAUCCUUAAUACAGAAGAUUUAUAUACAGAAGCAGCUACGCAACUCUUGGCAUUAUAUGGAAAAGGUCCUUUAACUUGGGAUAUUAAAAUUAAACUUCAAGGAAGACCAGGACCAGAAGCUACUAAAAUUAUGAUUCAAGAAUAUGAUUUGACAAUUACUCCUGAGGAAUUUAUAGAGCAAAGUAUGAAAAUUCAAGCCAACUUAUGGCAUCAUUCUAAGUUUCUUCCAGGAGCAUUAGAAUUACUUGAAUAUCUUUAUUCAAAUAAUAUUCCCAUGGCAUUAGGUACAAGUUCAAAUACUACAAAUUUUGAUAGAAAGACUCAUCAUUUAAAACAUGGGUUUAAAUAUUUUGAUAAACAUAUCGUAACUGGAGAUGAUAAGAGAAUCCCUCCUGGUAAAGGUAAACCGAAUCCUGAUAUUUGGUUUGCUUGUUUAAAUAGUAUUAAUAUUGAUAGAUUGGCCCUGGGAUUAGAUGAAAUUCAAAUUGAAGAAUGUUUAAUAUUUGAAGAUGGUAUUCCUGGCGUGGUCUCAGGUAUUGCUGCUAAUGCUCAUGUGAUUUGGAUACCUGAUAUUAAAGCAUUAGAAGUACUUAAAGGUAAAGAACAUGAAAUCAUUGGUAAUAAUGGUGAAAUUAUCACCAGUUUAAUCAAUUUCCAAAAGGAAAAAUAUUUUUUAUAG